UGUUGAGCAACUAAAAGUCGCAUGCCACCGAUAAUACAUCGAAUGUAUCGAAAUAACACGUGUGUGUGCGUUGUCGAAUUUUAUACCCUUUAAUUGUGACUGCAACGAGAACAUCGUUGCGAGUUUUUUUGUUGUAGAAGGUAGAAAAUAUAUAAAAUAAAAUCAUAAAAAAGUCUAUAAGAAUGGCAGAACUGCAACAAAUAACUGCUGCCAUAGUGCACGAGUAUCUGAAAACGACGGACAAAAAUCUAGCUAAAGUGUUUGAGCAGAAAGCAAAAGCGCCCACUGUGGGAAAGAACACGCCAAAGUUGACAGAUAUAUUGGCCUUUUAUCAAGCUUCAAAGAAACUGCCGCCUGUAAAGAAAUAUGGAUCGGAUAGCGACGAGAGCGACGAUAGCGAUUCAUCCGAAGCACCAGCGUCCAAGAAACCAGCAAGCGUGACAAAUGGAAAUGCUGCCAAAUCCGCUGCUGCUUCUUCUAGCGACGAAGACAGCGAUUCGAAGCCAGCACAGAAGCCAGCUGUAAAGGCAUCGCCAGCAAAGAAAACCGCUGCAGCUUCCAGCAGCGAGGACAGUUCCAGUGAGGAAGAAGCAGCUAAACCGGCGGCCAAACCCGCGGCUGCGAAGGCAGCACCUGCCAAGCCCAAAUACACCAGCAGCGAGGGCAGCAGUUCUGAGGAUGAGGAAGAGCAAAAGAAGCCAGCAGCUGCUGUGGCCAAGUCACCAGCUAAGACAGCUCCAGCCAAGAAGGCAGCUGCAUCGUCCAGCAGCGAAGAUUCCUCCGAUGAGGAGGCACCUGCCAAAAAGGCUGCUCCCGCUGCAAAGCCCACACCUGCUAAAAAGGCAGCCGAAUCCAGCAGCGAGGAUAGCUCCAGCGAUGAUGAGCCUGCCAAGAAAGCGCCAGCAGCAGCUCCUGCCAAGCCAGCAGCUAAAAAGGCCGCAUCCAGCAGUGAGGACAGCGAUUCGGAAGAGGAACAAAAGAAACCAGCGGCUCCUGUGGUCAAGUCACCAGCUAAGGCAGCGCCUGCAAAGAAGGCAGCUGCUUCCAGCAGUGAAGAUUCGUCCGAUGAGGAAGAACCCCCUAAAAAAGCGGCACCUGUCAAAGCCACGCCAGCCAAGAAAGCUGCAGCCUCCAGUUCUGAUUCAUCCUCUGAAGAAGAUGAGCAGCCAAUGAAAGCGGCUGCCAAGCCAGCAGCUGCACCAGCUAAGAAACCAGCGGCCAAGGCUCAAUCCGAAGACUCCUCCGAGGAUAGCGACAGCUCCGAAGAUGAGAAACCUGCUGUCAAACCGGCUGUAAAGAAAACUGCAGCUCCAGCCAAAAAGGAAUCAUCGUCAGAUGACUCCGAUGAGGAAGAAAAGGCUAAACCAGCCGCCAAGACUCCUGUCAAGCAAGCUGCGAAAAAGGCGGACAGCAGCUCGGACGACUCUUCCGAUGAGGAUGAGGCGCCGGCAAAGAAGAAACCCGCUCCGGCUAAAAAGGAAGAAAGCAGCAGCGAUGACGAUGAUUCUGAAGAUGACAAACCCAAGAAACAACAGCCAGUGGCCAAUGGAGGUGGACAGAAGCGCAAGCUCAGCGGUGGCGAUGAACAGGAUGAAACGCCUAACAAAAAGUACAACAACUUUGUCAAAUCGGGCGAACAAAAGAAUAAUGGUUUUACAUCCACGCCCACUAAUAACAACAACAAUCAGUUGAACAACAGCAGUGGUGGAGGUGGAAGUGGACGUCGCAGAUCGCCAUUCCGGCGAGUGCGUACCGAGGAGGUCCUCGUAGAUUCACGCGUUCAGGACAUGUCCUUUGAGGCGAAGGAUGGUGGAUUCAAGAAGUUCAACAAUGGACCACGUGGACGCGGCGGUUCCGGCUUUGCUGGCCGUCCAGAUAGAAGCAAGUGGGAAAGUAACCAAAACGGCGGUGAGGAUGGCGAAGGAGAAGAUGGCGGCUUUAAGAAAUCUGGCGAUCGCAAGAGCUUUGGUGGCUUUGAGCGCAAAUCCUUUGACGGCCAGCGCGGCGGACGUGGUGGAGGUGGCCGUGGUGGUGGUGGCGGCUUUGGACGUGGCGGUGGCGGUGAUCGUGGCGGCCGAGGUGGCUUUGGACGUGGUCGUGGCGGUGGCGGUGAUCGUGGUGGACGCGGCGGAUUUGGACGGGGCGGCGGCGGCGGACGUGGUGGUGGCGGACGCGGUGGAGGCUUUGGAAACAAAUCAUUCGACUCAGGGCCAAAACAAAAUAAGAAAAUUACAUUUGACAAUUAAUGUAUAAACUAAAUUAGACUUAACGAAAUAGCCACUCGACACCAUAAAACAAAAUCCAAAAAAUAUCAAAUUUCAAAAAAUGCAAAUGGAUUAAUAUCUUCACAAUGUGGUAUUAAUUUAUUGGCAUUUUUUUGUGAUGUUUUUUUGGUUUGGUGUUUAUUAUAUGAAGCCCCAAACACACACACACACACAGACACACACACGUGCAAAUGAAAUAUUUGUUGUAAACAUAAUCUUAAUUACAAUUUUUAUAUACUAUUAUAAUACGCAGAAAAACGCUGCCGGCUCUUGGGGUGAGCGCGCCAACAAAGAUUUGAAAUUUACUCGCGGUAAAUCGUUCAAGCAUGAGAAAACCAA